GGAAUAGCAGCACAAGGAUGCCUGCUUCCUCCGUCUCUAUCUCCUCUGGGAGGAAGAAUCUGCCGUGACCCUCGGCCUCCAUGGCGACCCGUCUGGUCCUGACCCUGAAAUCAAACCCGGACAGAGAAACACCGAACACAGAAUCAUGAGUGUUUUCACUCUUUAGAACAAUUACACCUGAAUAUAAUGAAAACUCUCACAUGUUAAAGCAGAGAUCUCCUGUCAGAGGAAACGCUCUCUAAGGUCAAACCAUCUCUGAUGAUAUUCAGACUCAUCAGCACAAUCACUGUGAGGUUAUUGUCGUCGCUGCAUUUGCAAUCCAAAUUAUUUACCAGCACUGACGUGAAACUGACAGGAUAAGAAUCCGUUUGUCAUGAUACCGUCUCCUCACAUGCAAAACAAAGUCUCAAUAAAGCCACUGUAGGCGGUUUUUAUUUACCCUCUUCAUGACGGGAUUUAGUUUGAGUAUAAGGUUAGGACGUCAGCAGAAAUGGUCUCAGGAUCUCAAAUUCAGUGUCAGAUAAAGGGCUUGACGGUAUGUCCCACAAGAUGUUUUAACACCAAAUUUAAUUUACAGUAAAAUUCUUCCAAAAAUGAUUAAAUUUUUUUUUUUUUUUUUAACAAGUAAGAUACUGGAUCGACUUUGUGGUCAUCAGGAAGAACCUGACUGUCACCGAUAAACUCGUGCACUGUACGGCUGCAUGGUUAAUCUGAUCAUAUCUCUGUUGAAGAGUAAUAAAAACAGUUCUGUUCACAUGUUCAGAUGUACGACGAGGAGGAAGAGCAUGAGGUUAAACCCAGGUGUACAGAUAGAUAGAUGUCAUUUCUUAAGCUACGCCCAGGAUGGUGCGUCAGUCGCUCUCCACUACAACCCUCUCUGAUUGUGUUUGAUGCAAUUAAAGAAAGGAUUCUGCUGACAUGUCUGUCAUGGUCAUGGUCAUCAGGGGUCAUCAGGGGUCAGACGUUAGCUCAAACAAACUUUACAGCAGCCUGUGGUUUGGUCGAGAUCAACCCCUAAAAAAACAAGAAACAUGUUAAAACAAAAAUCAAAAUGUUUUUUUUAUAAAAUCUUCAUCACAAAAAUGAAUCAUCAGUUUACUUUAAUUUAUUGCUUAGACAAUAAUAACAGCAGAUUUUGUUAUCUGUAAAUUUUCGGUUUAUUGUCCAGCUCUAUUUAACAUUCAUAAAGUUUUGCUGUAACAGACAAACUGAACUUGUCAAACCACCAAAUUUCACAAGUCUGCAGGAGUAACUCAGUUUCAUAGUUUCAUGAAAAAUGUGAUAAAUUUCUUUAAACUCGUUUUUUUUUCAUUUAAAAAAAUCCUCUCUGAACAAACCCAGAAGACGUCGUAUUUUUAAAAAACACCAAUAAUAUCAUGAAUUUAAGGCUCCUGUUUGUUUUGCUCCUCCAUGACCCCAAAAAUAAUCCCAGCAGAUUACAGCAUAUUUGGUCAGAUUGUUCCCACUGCUCCGACUCACAUCCUUCAAAAAUACUUACAGAUGACGUAAUGCUCUCAUUACAUUACAGCGACUAUAUUUGUGUUUAUAUCUCAUGUUCAAUGAGCACUGAGAGUUUUUAAUAUCUCUCAUUAUAUAACAUUUAAUAUAAGAUUUUAACCUUUUUAUUGUAAACACUGUAUUCAAGGUCGUAUCGUAUUCAGAGAUUAUCAUCCUGGAUUGGAUCAGUGUUUACCGCAGAGUUAUUUUUUUCUACCUAAACUCACUUUGAGGAGUUUUCAUGUUUUCUUCUGGUGACCCAUUCCAAUGAAAUGAGCGUCUUAUUUUCCAGGAAGAGAACUGCAUUUCCCAUGAGCGCCAUCAUCCGCUGUUGUUACAGUGUUGCUCACGCUGAGUCGUUCAUUUUUAACUAUUUUUCUAAAUGAGUGAUGAGAAAAUACACUCAUCUGGAGCUAUGUUAAAUGAUCAAUAACGAUCAAUAACUGGGUUAAUGAACGGUGAUUGGAUACAGCAGUUGAACAUAAAUCCAAUCAGAACACAGAUGCUAAAAUCUGAUCAUCUCAUUUAACCUUACUGUCAUCAAUGUGCGAGUGACACCAUUUCAGUCUCAUCAAAAACUGCUGACAGUACCUUUAAAUGAGAUUUAAAGUCAGGGUAAUUAAAUGUGUGUCAUUGUUUUAGACUUUCCCUUUAAGAACACCCAUGGGUGCUCAGGACUCCUGCACCUAAAAAGGAGGUGGUGGUAAACUCUGCUGCCUUCAUGAGGAGAGGGACAGGCUGGGGGCCCUGGCACAGAGUGGAGAAGGAGGGUCAAGCGAGACACACAAGACUUACACUUCCUGUGAGGGACUUUCAAAAUAAAAUAAGACAUUUUUUCAGGGCGAAACAAAGUCUUUGAAAAAAAAAGCUUAAAAAAAAAAGACAAUUUCUCAACCAAAAAUGAAUAAUUUAGAGUCAUAGAGUGGAGCAGCUGAAUCAUCCUUCACCUAAAAAGGAGGUGAUCUAUCUUUUAUUAAUAUUUAUCUUAUACUUCUUAUACUAUACUUCAUUGAUAUUGUUCUUCUUUUGCACUGCUCUUUCCUUUUUUUUUUUUACAUUAGUUCUUUAUCUUAUUUAUUUAGUUUUUUGUACCCAGUAUCUAUGUGUAUAUUGUAUGUACUGCUGCUGUUAAUGACUUAAUUUCUCCGCUGAAGGAUGAAUAAAGGAAAUCCAAUCUAAUCUAGUCUAAACUAAUCUAAACCAUCAUCUAUAAUUUUCAAAGCUCCAACAUUUUUAGUUAUUUCUUUUUUUCGAAUUUAAUAAAUUUAUCUCAUUGUAUCACGUUUUUUUCCACCUCAUUUUCAGCUUUCUUUAUUCUGUCCAUUCAAGAACUACCGUCAGCGUUUCAAUUAUUCUUUUAUUUUGAAAGCAAAAGCGCCCAGUUUCCGGUAUGAGUCGUCUCUCUCCCCGUUAGAGUCGGUGCUUAAAGCAGAAGGAGGGAGGACCUGCUCCUGUGUGGUGAAGCUGUGCACCAUUCAAGACGGAACCAGAGAGGAGAAGCGCAGAGAUCAGUCCGACAGAGCGGAGAGGAGAGCGGAGACACGCCGGGAGAAGGAGCUGAGAGCGGGCAGGCAGAGAGAGGAGAGGAGCGGGAGGAGCCGCAGAUAUCAGUGUUCAAGAGUGCCGAGCUGGGGGGAGAGGAACUGGACUUCUGCUGCAGAGCGUCCGGGGAAUUACGCACGAACGCGCCAUUGAAAGAUGAACCAACUUUUACGCACGGACCUCUGGCUGUGCGUGUUUCUCAGUGCGUGUUUCUGAGGGGAGGAAAAUGCUGCGAGUUUCACCCGGGAGCUCUUUAACUGAGGAUUUUUAAGUGGAGUUUUUGAAGGUUUGAUCAAACAUUUUAAAUCAUCCAUCUUGGAGGAAAUCUUGGAUCCUUCUUCGUGCCCCCCCUCUGACUGAUAUCCUGCUUUAGUGUCGCUUUAACCCCCUCGGGUGCCGUGUAACCCUUCGUCGCGCACCUGUCCCACUCCCCUUGACGUCUCCUUUGGUGAGUUUUCCACACAGCAGCAUGGACACAGUCAGCCGUCUCGCCUGCGUGUGAGUCACCAUGAGCGAACAUUUGGACACGCUGCGUUCAUAAGCACGGACACACUUCAGGAUAUCUUACACUCUGAGUUUUGCACGAGCGCCUCACGCACGAUACCGGGACGAGGCUCGGUGCGGUCGGGGGGGAUUGGACGCCGAGGUGCUAAAUGCCCAGCCGGUCGCUUGCGGCUCCUCAGGCUGGGCGGCAACAUGAGGUCGUGGGUCCUGCUGCUGCUGCUGGCUGCGCUCACGGCGGCCCGUCUGCGGCUCGGCAGCGCUGAGGUAAGACCGGGGGGAUGAGCUGGGGGGGGGUUAUUACACCUGAGAGUGACAGAGCCGGGUUAACAUGUCAGAAAGAGCCAGCAUGGACAUGAUUUCAGAAUAAAAGGAUAAAAAAAAAAACAGAAUGAGUGAUUUCAAACCAACAUCAGGUUCUUUUCUCUUUAUUUCACAGCUUGAACUCUUUGUCUCCUCUGAGGUUAGAAUGAAGCAGUUUGAGAUUUUCCUCAUUCUCUGGUUAAGUUGGGAGAAACACCUGAGUGUGUCUGAGACAUCAUGAUAAAGGAAAGUCAUAUUCUACAGCAUGAAGUUUUGGUAAAAAUCCUCUUUCCUGAGGUCUUUGAUCAGCUCUAAUCUGAGGUCGGUUUCCUGAGUAAAUAACAGGUUGGAGACUCAGAGACAAACAGGAAAAUAUGAUGGUGUCUCCACAUGGUGAGAAUUUUCCUGCUCUGACAUACAUCAUAGGCAUCAUCCCCCGAGGUGACUCUACAAACUGUGGGGUGGAUGUUUUUAGAAACAGUUUAACUGCAGGGCAAAACACACUACACUUGUGUGUGUGUGUGUGUGUGUGUGUGUGUGUGUGUGGCAGCCUGCACUUCAGUCUAACUAGUUCUCCCUCUGAGCUGCUGGUGUCUUCUGAAUGAUCUGUUUCCCUCUGCGGCGCCUUUUCAUGUUUCAUAACCCCGAGUGUCACGAUGAAGAGAGGGGGUGAGGGGGUGAGGGGGUGAGGCAGGGCUGCUGGACCCUGAUACAGGACUAAAUCUACAGCGUGGAUCUAUGAGCCGUGCAGCUGACAGGUUCAAACCUCACACUGAGACCUCCCUGUGGAGUCGUCUCUCUGUGUCCUCGCCGCAUCAUGAGGUGUUUGUCUCUAAAAUCUCGCCGUCCACGCCCUCGUUGUCAUGUCCCAUCUGUUGUUGGUCAUGUGAACGAGCCAUCAGAUGACAUCUGUCACAGCCAGCAGCUUGUAGCAUCGUGGUCGUGUUUGUCUUUCUUCAGAUACAGUCAGUAAUAACAUCGUCAGGGUCUGAUUUACACAAAGUCAACGAAUACAGAAGUUUACAUCAAAGUCCUGACGUCAGUUUCAGCUGAAGUUGACAGUGAACACUCAGACUGUCUCUCCGUCUUUGACAGCUGACCACAUAAACUCCAACAAACUCCAUUAGAGAGAGUAUCGAGCAGGAAAACAGUAAAAUGGUCAAAUAUUGUGAUUUACUGUCCGUGUGUGAAUGUCAAAUGUUCAAAUGCACGUCUGCAAGCAUCUCCAGUAGUUUUGUUGUGUUUCAGGACGAACUUCCUGGAUUUGAGGCUGAACUUUUGCAUUUCAGAAACUAUUAUUUGCACAUUGAGGAGGUUUGCAUGACAUUUCAGGCCGUUCUCCUACAUUUAAGGCAGUUCUUCUUCCAUCUUACACACUUAUCGUUACAUCUUUAGGCAGUAAUCGUCGUACUUCUUGCCUUCUCAGCAGGUUUGAAGUACAUUUCAGGUCUAUUUAUUCCACUUUCUGUAUUGUUUUUGGCGUACAGUCGGUACCUCUUGCAUUUAAAGCAGUUUCUCUUGAAGGUCAGGCGGUAAUUCUUGUUUUAUGGCGAUCAAACUUUGCAUUGAAGGAACUGUUAAUUGGACUUCAAAUACUGUUUCUUGCAUUUUGGACAUAGUUUGUUGUAUUCCAUGUCGUAUUUCAUGUAUUUUGAAGUAGCAUCUCCUCUAUUUUGGACAUGUCCUCUGGCGGUUUCUCUCAUAUCAGGCAGUAUUAGCUCUGAUUGUUCUGGAGGUAGAGUUCAGGUCAUAUCUACUGCAGUACAGACAGUAUUCGUCGCCUUGUUCUGUGGUUUUCUUUGCAUACAGGGUGAAUUUACUGCAGUACUUCGUGCUUGUUAGACAGUCUUCUGUGUGUUUCAUCCUCUUCUUUGAUUUAUGGAGCGUUUUUAAUCCAUGACAGACUUUGUUCCCUCGAUUUUCAGCUCAUCAUGUGAUUCAUCAGGCAGCACAGUUUGGUUAUUGUGUGUCUUGUUUGUUGUGUGGGCUCUAUAGUGAGAUCUAGUUUAGUUUAGGUCUAGUUUAGAGGAGUUAACAGACAGACGACCUGUUGAUCUAACAACUCUGUGAAGGUUUAGUGCAGAUCUUUGAGGCUUCGUUGGACUUUUGUGUUCUUAUUGUGGAGACGUGAUGAGUUCUCCUGCAGCAUGUAAAGAGACUCAGACCUCAGACCUCAGACCUCAGACCUGCCCCACAUGACCCUCUAAUCCUCCUCUUGUCACAAUGUUUGGAAAAAAUGAAGACUCUUUUUUUUUGGUGUCCCAGUUCCUCCACAUCUGUCCAUGGAAAAACACACACACACACACACACACACACACACACACACACACACACACACACACACACACACACACACACAGAUUAUUCAGCAGAGUCACUACAAGUUCACACAGACUGACGUAAUGAUGCAGUUCGAACGCCAUCAUAAAUAAUGAGAUGAUUUCUCUAAAGCGUGCAGCGUCCAAUCAGAUUCAAACACAGAGUCUCACACUGAGGACUCACAAAAGGACCCACACAUCGGGUCAGACCAUCAUCUGCUGCUCAAAUGACAAAUGCUUCAUCACCGCACACACACACACACACACACACACACACACACACACACACACACACACACACACACACACACACACACACACACACACACACACACACACACACACACAGCUGAUUGGUGGCUGUUGAACAGGUCUCGCUCUGACUAUUGUCUCUGCAGGCGAGCUGCGAUGAUUCGCCGCCGCUGCUCUCGGCUUGAUCCAUUUUACAUAAGAACAACAAAUAAUCUGCCGGGGAUUUCACGGACUUGUGUGGCGUGUGGCCGUGCGUGUGCGCACAUCUGCUCGCAUGGCUGCUUAUGUGUUAGUGGACAUAUGUGCCUGUGUGUGUGUGUGUGUGUGUGUGUGUGUGCAGCAGAGGGGGGUUGUGCUGAUGUCGGUGCAUGUGAUGUGAGUGUCAGAUAGAAAAAGCGCAGCAGCACAUCAGAGUAUUUGUCGGUGAGCUCAGUGUGGCGCAGUAUUACAACGCCAACAUGUCGUCACAGUCUGUGGCGUUCAGGGUGUAGAUGUGCAGGAGAAUCUGCAGUAUGCAUCAGAAGAUUAGACUCAACUUUGACUUCACCUCCUCCUGGAAAGUUCAAGAUCUCCCAAUUAUUUUCAGACAGUUUCUGCAGGAGGAAAGUGAAGACAGCUCCGUAAAUGUGAAGCAGCUUUGAUUAGGCAGCGAGACAACACCUGAGGAUAAAUCAAACACCGUCUACCUGAACCCCUUACAGCGGUGUUGUCAGUCUGACUCUCAGCUGCUGCAGGGCUCUGACUUUGAAUUAGCUGCAGGUAUGCAACGUUAACGGGAGUUAGCCUGGAGUGUCAGCUGUUUACUCAAGACGGCGGGUGUUAGUUUAGAUUUAGAGGAAGAGGAAACUGGAGACGUUUUCUGAAGCUCCUGUUUUCAACCGCGAUACAAAUACAGAGAAACUUUAUUCUCUAGAGUUAAAGGAGACUUCAUGGAGUUUCUCUUCUGUCUUAUCUGUGAGUUACUGAGCUCUGCUUUAAUACGAUAUAAGACAGUAAAUCAUCAGCGUACAGAGAGAGUAAGUCUUCAUGUAACACAAGCAGAAGUUGAAAAUGUGCAGAACCUUCUCGUUUAGCUGUUUGCUCACGACGGUGGUGUUAGUUUAGGUUCUUUACAAAUAUGGAGAAACUGAUUUUCUAGAGUUAAAGGUGACUCCAUCAAGUUGAUUUUAGGUCUUAUCCCUGAUUUAUAAAUCUCUGCUUAAAGUCCCACUCCCAUCGUCUUUAGUGUUCUCAGUCGUCUUUAAAUUGUGAUUAUGAAGUUUUUAGUCAAAAUCUUGUUACCUGUGACUUUUCUUCUGCAGAGCUCCAGGAGCUCAUUAGUAAUUCACCUCUGAGUCGUGGGCGGAGUCAGCGCUGCUCUGCACACUCCUCUUCAUGCUAGCUUGUAGCCUAAUGUUGCCAAAGACAUGAUGAAAGUUAAUAUAAUUAACUUUCUGAUGAGCGUUGUAAUCCGCUAACGCACACGCUCGUCCUGCGGUUGUCCUCUCGACUUCUCCGAGUCUGGCCUGCAGGGCGGAGUUUGGAUUUGUGACGUAGUUAUUUUUCUGAUGACGUUUCCUGCAGCAUCAGAAAAAUGAACAUAUGAAGACGACAAGAAAAAAACAUGAUUUUCAUCGGAGCGGCUCAGACAGAAAACAGAUCAUCGUCUGCGUACAGAGAGAGUCGGUGUUCAAGUUUGAGGAGAAAAACAAACGUGACUGUGAGAAAUACACACGCCAGUCACAUGGUUACACAGCAGGUCGUCUGUUUGACGUGUUCAGCGUUAGAGGAGUGUCCAGGUUCAGUGGCGUUCUGGAUCGAGUUGAGGUGAUGACGCUCAUCCUGACGUUGUGGUCCAUUCAUGGUAGUCAUGUUGUGUGUGUCAGCUCCGCCAUCUUGAACCCUGUUAGACCGGGGGGUGGUGCCGCCUCCCUCAGAGACCCUCUUGAACCCUCUCUCCUCCUUUUGAUCACUCUAUCUCCUCUCCUCUCUCCUCCUCUCGUCUGUCGUCUCUCCAUCCAUCACCUCUUCCUUCAUCUCUGCAGCCAGGAGGGAACUCUCGUGUGUUUGAGCGGCGAGCUCUGCAGGCCUUUCACAUUUUAGACGCCGUAGCGCUGGCUACCCGCCAUUCCUCUGAUGGAAGAAGGCGUGUGUUGUGAAAUCGCGGCGUGAUUGUGUGAGUCACCCUGUCACACACUUGGAUUGGGCGCUCUUUGUUUCUGUUUACUUUCCUCGCCUGUUCCUCUUUCUGAUUGCGUGUUUGUUUAUGUAUAACGGCGUGUGAAGUGUGUGUGUGUGUGUGUGUGUGUGUCUGUGUGUGUGUGUGUGUGUGUGUGUGCAGUCAGCUGGCCCCAUAAUUACAUUCCAUUACACUUCACCUUUCUCCUCAAACAUUCCUCACAAUCUCUCUGCCUCCCAGGCUUCCCUCAAGGCCCCCAUGCAGUGUGUGUUUGUGUGUGUGUGUGUGUGUGUGUGUGAGUGUGUGUGUGUGUUUGACCUGCUUGUUCAUCAUGACUUCCUCCUAGACUGCCUUUUCAACUUCUGAGUUUAGUAACACACUCUCACGCAGCGCCAGAUUUAUAAGAGAUGUCACACUUCUAAAUCAGUGUUCAGCAAAACGGUCGGUUAUUUACAGACAACAGAGGCCUGUGUGUGUGUGUGUGUGUGUGUGUGUGUGUGUGUGUGUGUGUGUGUGUGUGUGUGUGUGUCAGACUCACUCUUUUCCACUAUUAUUAGCUUGUUGUCCGACUUUUUUAAGCAGCGGUUUAGUUCCUGUGUAAGUAAAGGACUAUUUUCUGAGUCUGGGUUUUUAUUUGUGUUUAAGAUCAACAGUCCCUGGGAUGUGUGUGUGUGUGUGUGUGUGUGUGUGUGUGUGUGUGUGUGUGUGUGUGUGUGUGUGUGUGUGUGUGUGAGGCUCUCAUGACAAAUUGGGUGGAUAGUUAAGUGGUUAAGCAUCUGUGUGUGAACUGGAAAAGAGGGGGCAAGUGUGUGUGUGUGUGCGAGUGUUUGCUUAACUAGGUCAGCCAAUGGCUCAUGAAAGUCAUCCAGGUGUCCUGAGCCACCGCCGCCGCCGCCGCCCACAAAGCAGACAGACGGAGUGAGAGACCAGGAGAGAGAGAGAGGGAGAGAGAGAGAGAGAGAGAGAGAGAGAGGUGGAAAAAUGUAGUAAAGUGAUUUCCAAAGGCGUCUCUGCAGUCAGAAAGAUGGAUCCCUGUCAGGUGAAGGAGGAGAAAACAACAAAACAGCUUCAUGUUUAAAUUCAAACAUGUUGGAUGAAAAUCAGCUGAUAGUUUUGAUGUUUUUUUACUAUAAGGACCUGAUGCAACCAGACAAAAUCAACAAUAGAGCAAAUAUACAGAGUUUAAACAUUUAAUAUUCAUCCUAAAGGUGUAAACACAGAGAUUAAUACUUUAAAAUCACAAUUACAUUUAACUGAAGUGAAAAAAUAUUGCACCAGAGAAUAUCAGAUUGUAUUUUUAAUAAUUCAGGAUGUAAUUGUGCUUUUUUGCACAAUUCUCCUGCAUAAGGGCCUGUGUCCACUAACUUUAAACUGUUCAUUGAUUAACAGUUCAUUAGUGAUUAUUGAUGUAAAACACAAACAAAUUUAAAAACUGAGGUUCAGUGUUUUUAGGGUUUAGGAUGUAACUGUUUUUGUUGUUUUUGGUUCUUGGUGCUGCGCUCAGAGCGCUGCUGGUUACAAUUAUUUAACUUUGAAACUCUGCAGUUUUACUUUGUUGUUGUUGGAGGUACAAUUUUUGUGGUAAUGUCAGAGCAGAAUCAUUUUCCAUUCAGCAGUAGAAAAAGACUAAAAAUUAAGAUCAAGGUGUGCAACCGGAGAUUAAAAGCACCAAAGGGCCUGUGUCCACUGACAGCGUGGUUUUGCUCUAGGAGGGAUUACUGUUCAUGUUAAACAAACAAACAAACAAAAAACAAUGAAGUUCAGUGUUUCCAGGGUUUAGUAUCCUGGAUACUUGGAAUUAACAGACUUUAUUUUAUUGUUGGUGAGGCAGCAUUUUUUGUGGUGAUAUCAGAGCAGAAUUCUGAGAAUUAAACUGAAGACAUGCAACCAAAGAUUAAAUACUUUUUUAAGGGCCUGUGUCCACUAACAGCGUUUGUUCACUCCAGCAGUGCUGAUGCAGUGAAGGAGUCUGAGGCGACUUUUGUGAGUGUUGAUGAAAAACACAAACUGAGACUGUGUAGAAAUAUGCUGUUGGUGGACACAGGCCCUAAAUAGUCAUCAAGCAAUUGUAAGUGUCUAAGUUACGUGUGUUUGACUUUAGUUUUUUUGUAAAUGUAGUUUUAGUUUUGCUUGAAUGUAUCCUGAAGUCGUCUCUUUUUUAAACAUUUGCAGCUCUUAGAUUUGGUGACAGAUUUAAUAGAGACACAGAAAACGACAACAAACAUCCUGAUUUUCUCUCUCAUGUUACGUUAUUGUCUUUUUGUUCUUCGAGAGUUCAGGUGGGGUGAACUUGUGCCGGGUGAAGAAUAACCACCUGCUGUCUUAUCAGAGACUUAAAGUGAAUUUUAAACGUGUUAUUGGGGUUGUUGUUAAAGUGAAAAGGUCUAAAAUUGUAAACGUGCGAUCUCUACCGUCAUAAAUAUUGCGUAACAGUUGCAGCGAGAAGACAAACACUUUCACUAUUUUCCCUGGCAUCCUGGAGAGAUAGGCCAAAUAUUUUCCUCUCACAUUCUUGACACUCCUUAAUUUGUUUUGGCGUCUCUUUGGCAUGUGACUGAAUCAAGUGAUGUUCCAACCACUCGGAGAUAAUAUCAAUUUACAGCCAAGUAAAGAGCAAAUGUGUCACGCAGCGCUGAGUAAUCUUUCUUUGAUCUCGGCACAGAAACCACACGAGUCUGUCCUUAAAAACCAACCACACUGAAGCCUUCAUCAAACCCCGCCAUGGCGUUCAUUAAAACCUAAUUAAAUUCCUCUUCUUCCUCCAGACUGAAUCACAUUACUUGCAUAACUUGUUGACUUGCAAACUCAUCUAACAGUUUUUUUUCUGGGCCCCUUGAGAUUCUGCAUGUGGCCUUUUUUCAUGAGCUAUCGUGAUCGUCGCAAAUCGAACUGAAAUUACGUUUAGAAAGUGAAAGACGGCGAGUUUCCUGUGUGACAGCGGGAGCAACGGCGGUGUUUGUGGGUAAACAGACAGGGAGAGAGCGACAACAGCAGCAACAAACACCAAUCACAACCAUCGUUUCCUCUGCAGGAGGAAGUGAAAGUGGAGCAAGUGCUGACUGGAGGUGAGGACUGAGAUAUUCUGCAGCGGGCCGCUCUCUCUCUCUCUCUGUGGAGUCUUCAGGGCGGGAAAAACAGAAGGAGAGAACUCUGAUGAAGUUAUUAUCAGAUGAUAUCAGUGAUGAUUCUGGUCCUGUCUAACUGAAUGUUGAUGGUUUUAUGUGGUUCAGAGCUUCAGGGUCCAUAAUAAAGUGCAGAUCCUUCAACAGAGGUCUUGGAAACCUCCUUUCACUCAGGAAUAGAUCUGCAACAGGUGACCUAUAGAUGUCUCUUUAGAGGAAACAUCAGGAGUUUUGAGGACUAGAGCCUCUGUACCCCAUCAGCCUGAAACAUCAAGAGUUUAAUAUCGACGUAUAAAGAUCGACCUCCAUCUACGGCAGCUCAGAGAGGACAAACCUCUGACAUACAUGUCUCUGUGUUUGAUGAGCAGCAUGAAGGAAGAUGAAAAUGGUUGACUUUUGAUAAUAGAGUCAAACAUACGUGCAAGAGGGCUUUUCCAUCUAGACUCUGAUCACUCUAGAUGUCACUGAACACUCCCAUCUCUACACACUGGACCCUUAAAGUACGGCUGUUAUCCGAUCAUUGCUAACAUCGAAAUCUGAUUAUUUGAUUAUCAUGAUGUUAAAAAAUUAAAAUCAUCAAAUCGAUUUUCCUCUCUAUCAUGUCUCGCUCCUCCAGGCCACCGUAGGCUCCUCCUCCUACACACACCAGUGUAAACAAACAUGGCGUUUGCAAAAAAAGGCGAUAAUUUGGUGGUUAAAUAGGACAAGAGCGAGUCAGUCAUGUUGAAUUGGUACGACUUCACAGUUUCAGAUGAAGAGUAAACCACUCCCCGCUGUAAAGUCUGUCUGAAGGCGGUAUCAACCCGUCACCACGGAAACUAAUUCAGGAGGAAACGCUAAAGUUUUUUUGUCGUAUCAGCGUUUCAGGUGACUGUAAACUAGUUAUUUAAAGCUUGAGUUUAUAUGACCUGCCAUGACGGCCUAAUUCUCUACAACCUGGAUGUAAACAGGAACAGACCAGUGAGGCGGAGUUUGACGGCGGUCACCUGCAGACUCUCUGAUCUCGGUUUUAUAAAUUCUGUUUUUGUGUGUUUUCUAAAUCUGAAACAGGUUUUUGUUGUUUCUGAACAUCCAUAUGAUCUCACUGGUUUUACUUGUAUUUGGGUGACAGGCUGUAGAUGUCGUCUCUCUCUCUCUCUUUUAUUGUUUUUGUGAAGAAAUAUCUCCUUAUUGUUCAUUCAUGAUUGAUUUUGUACCAGAAUAAAUUCACUCCUGACUCAGAAACAUCCAUCAGUGUUUGUGCUGAGUGGUGGUGUUACAGUGACGCUCCAUUAAACAGCUGAUGGAGCUCAAACUCAGAACACUGUUUCACUCCUCUCAGGUGUAAAAAUGUCCUUUUUUCCCCUUUUUCUCCAUUUUUUGACAUAUUUCCUCUAAAGCAGCGUUUGCUCAAACCGUCUGUUUGUUUCCUGCGUCAUCACUGUUGUUCAUCUCUCUCUCCACAGGGUGAUCCUCUUCCUGUGUCGCUGGUCGACCAGGUGAGGAACUCUCCCAUCUCCUCUGUGGACGACCUGAAGCUUCUACUGCAGCAGGAGACGAACGCGAUAGGUACAUAUGACCACCGCGCACACACACACACACACACAAACAAACACACACUAAUAACACAGACACGGAGGAGGUGAGUGUGUGGGUGUGUCUGCAGAGGCCUGAGGAGAUAGGAAUGCAGCAGAAUACAUGCCAAGCCCCGUGUUAAGGCAAUAUUUACCCGAGACAGCGGCGGCAAGAGUGAUGAGCCAGCUUGAUGAAAGAGAGAGAGAGAGAGAGAGAGAGAGAGAGAGAGCAGCUUUGACCUUGUUGUGUGUCGGACAAAAUAAGACCAAGAGAGCGAGAGAGAGAGGGAGAGAGAGAGACUUCCAGCACAAGGUCACUGCAUUGUUCUCAGAGGUCUGGAUUCCUCUCCAAGUUUUGAAAUAUAAAUGUGUGUGUGUGUGUGUGUGUGUGUGUGUGUGUGUGUGUGUGUGUGUGUGUGUGUGUGACCGUUAGAGACCACCCCCCGCCCCCUCUCCACUCCCCCGCCCCCUUUAAAAAAAGCGAGUCCAAAACAAACUUGUGCACGCAGCUCUGCAGCUGAUUAUAAACCCAUUUAUGUAAUCACUCUGUGGAACCGAGUCACACAUACAUUUAUUAAUGGGCAGGUCUUUGAUCGCUGGUUUCAUUAAUGCAUGAAUUACAGAGUGACAUAACAGAGAGAGAGAGAGAGAGGGAGAGAGAGAGAGAGAGAGGGAGAGAGAGAAGGAGGCUCAGGAACAGGACAGGAGGAGGUGACUCCACAUGUUUGCUUUUGGGAAGAAUCAACGUUAAGUUUGUUCCUUCACGUCUGCCGUAGUUUGUGUAGCCUUGUCCCCAUGCAUGCACGUCACCUUAUGUGCACCUCCUCCAGCCUGCAGGUCCUGGACUAAACCUGGGGGGGGGGUACCGUCAUAAGUCCUGAUUUACAAAGUGUGCUGUUUCUGACGUCGUCUCAAGCGUCGCUCUCUCUUUCUUCUUCACGAUAAUCACAGCGUGAGCAGAUUCUGCUGUUUUUAAAUCUCUUUAAAUAAACGGGUUCACUUCCUGCAGAGAGGAUCGACUCAGGCUCUCAAAGAUCUGCACUGACUUUAACGCUCAAGACCGGACUUCUCCAGACUUCAACGUGAAAUUAAGUCCCUGGACCCAAUUAUUCGGUUCACAUCAGGGCUGCAGGAUUUAUCGAUGAUCAGAUUAUUUCAUUAUGACGAUGUAAAAAAUAUUAAAAUCAUCAAAUCGAUUUUCCUCUCAAUCAUGUCUCACACCUCCAGGCCACCGUAGGCUCCUCCCCCUUCCUGCAGUUCCCACAAACACCAGUGUAAACAAACAUGGCGUUUGCAAAAGAAGGCGAUAAUUUGGUGGUUAAAUAGGACAAGAGCGAGUCAGUCGUGUUGAAUUGGUACGACUUCACAGUUUCAGAUGAAGAGUAAACCACUCCCUGCUGUAAAGUCUGUCUGAAGGCGGUAUCAACCCGUCACCACGGAAACGAAUUCAGGAGGAAACGCUAAAGUUUUUUGUCGUAUCGGCGUUUCAGGUGACUGUAAACGGUACUUUUUGAAAACGGGUCAGAGAGUGAAUAAAUCUGUAAACGACGACCAUUUCCUGUACAGCGUUACAGCGCCACUUACUGUCUUGGCAUAUGAACUACAUCGUUUUCAGUGGUUUAGUUUUGAGAGACGAUAGAAAAACUUCAUAUUAAAGUGAAGUUUGGUGAAGUUGUCAGUGAAUCGAGUUUUCACAGGAAGAAAAAUCUGGGUUUUAUUAUUGUCCAUGUUUCACAGACAUUAAAGUCCGUUCCAAAAGGAACAGUGAAUCCAUCAGCUGUUUCUCUUCUCAUGUUUUUUCUCACCGAUAAAAAUACUUUUACAAAAUUGGAGCCAAAUUCCAGUCCUAAGUCUCCAUGUCCUGUUUUUUCAUGCUCUGCAGAAUAAAAUGAGUCACAUGUCGUUUUCAUGAAAGAGGAAGUUUUAGAAAAAUUCAGUCACAGAUAAAUUCAAAGAUAAAAUUAGAAACGAGCUUCAGGGACUGAACUCUUCUGUUUCAGCACCAGCCGCUUAAUUAGACUUAACUUAAUUAAACCUCAUGCAUCUGUGUGUAACACACACCUGCACACACACAGUGACCCACAACAAUCUGCACCAGGGUUAUAAUUAGGACCGAGAGGCUACAGUAUGGAAUGACGACAUAUGCUGUAGUGCAAACACACACGUCCACGUCCACACACGGCUAAAUUUAACUCCUCCUAUCUCUCCUCGCUCGUAUUCUCGACAGCGCCGGGACAAAUUGUGGCAGAAAAUAGCUGAAUUGUUUUAGCCUGAGUAGAAAAAAUGUCUUCCUCUCUGCAGUGAACAAUGAGCUUUUGGAAAAUCUGCUCCAUCCGCCUCUUCUGCUCCACAGAUUUCUGUCGUCGCUCGUUAAAGGGCCGGCUCAGCGCGCCACGAUCUCUGUUAGAAACUUGGACAAGAAUAAGUCGACUCCAUCAGUCUGUGUUUUUGUGUCACUCGCUCCACUUAUCUCACACCCUUUUGACCUCCCUUCCCGUUUGUCUUUUCUCUGUAGAGGAGGAAGAAGACGAGCAUGAUAUACCCUCCAACCACACCCACGCAAGAUACGCCAGAAGUCUCGGUAGGUUUCUGCGUCUAUUCCUGUCCUCUCCUUUCCUGUUUGUCUUUUUUCAGCCGCGUGUUUCUGAUGUUCUUCUGUCAACACAAACUCAUAAACCUUCUCCUUCCCCCGAACCAGUGGAGGCGCCGAUGGCCCAGCAGGCGGCGUGUAAAGUUCGGACGGAGGUGAUGGAGGUGACGAGGUCCAUGCUGGAUCGCCGUAACGCCAACUUCAUAUUAUGGCCGCCGUGCGUGGAGGUGCAGCGAUGUUCUGGAUGCUGCAACACCAGAGUGCUGCAGUGCGUUCCCAUGGUCACCUCCAGCAGAUACCUUCAGGUACUCAAACUUCACGCCUCCUUGAAAAAAGAGCUUCGUGACUUCGGUUUGAAGAUUCUCACCUGCUCUCUUCUUGAUUUCACUCCAGGUUUACAAGAUCCAGUACAUCAACCGGAAACCCCACUACGACAAGGCCAUCAUCUCGGUGGAGGACCACGUCACCUGCAGAUGCCAAACCUCCACGCCGCCCUCGUCUUCCUCUUCUCUUCCCGUUCCUCGCACUUCCAUUCUCAGCAACCCCAACCCACCUCCGCCACAGCAGCCUCCCCCGUCCUCCCACAUCCUGCGGCCGGUCCACCCUUCUCCACCAAAGACUCAGACGUCCAAGGCCGACCUCCACCGACACGACGACCUGAAGCACAACCAGCAGCACUUCCGCCCUGAGGAGCGCGACUCGGUGGCGAGACAGUGGCAGCAGGGCAGCUACACCCAACUGGUGCACUGGACGCAACCCAGGGCGCACCAGACACCGACACAUGUGCAGCAACCGACAGUCGGGGUGCACCCGCCGGUCCACGGCUGGCCGUCUGAAGCCAGAGCGGAGCAUAGCAUCAUGGGAAGUACGCCGCCUGUUGGGCAAGGGAGCGGGUAUGAUGGGAGCAAGGAGGAAAGUGGCGUACAUGUAGCAAACGGCGGAGGUGAAGAGCAUCAUCCAGACCACAUGCAAAGACAACAGCAGCUCCUGCAGCAUCAGCAGAGACAGCAGCAGCACCAGUAUCACCAGCAGCCGCAUUACCCAACCCAGUACAACCCCGGAGGAGCGGCGGCGGCGGCGCCGCACGACCAGGAGCUGAGGACACAAUACCGACUCGAUGCUCCACAAUCAGACAGCGCCUCCCCUCCUGCCAGCCCAACCGAACCGCCCACAAUAGACCCCAACCCCACCCCUCCUCUGACCACCAAACAGAGAGACUCAGUGACCACCCUAAAGACCCCCGAGGUCACGAACCCCAAACAGACUGAGACUGCCACGGCCAGUCAGAAAGAGGGGAACGAGAGAGAGGAGAGUGGGUCAGCAAACAGCGGGUCCGGGGCAGAGCUGGCCAAUCAGGGGACGGAGAAAGACUCAAAGGUGACCGGUGGGUACGGUCACUUAACGGAGGAGGAGAGGAGACGGCUGACUCUGGAGACGAUCCAGAGAGAACUGGACCGAGAGACUCAUCUCCAUCCACACACUCCUCAGCAAAGACCAAAACCCACCGCAUUUAAAACAGGUACUGCUCCGCCGGGGUGUGGGCGGGGCUUCAGAAGUAUGAGUCCAAUCACACGUUAAUGUUAGUGCAUGUGUGAGUCAGGCAGGAAGCAGCAAACUGAGCAUGUGUGGCUGGACCUCAUGUGUCCUGCAGUUCUUCCACCAAGAGCUGGAGCUCCUGCUGCUCCAUGUUUGACCUGAGGCUGCAGGUCCUCAUGGGCUUUGUUGACCAGACCUCCAGGUUAUUAGCUGUCAGUCAGAGUCUGGAGGCCCUGCAGGAGCUGCACACGGAGUCUUUAUCUGAGACGGGAGCUUCGCAUGCUCACGUUGAAGACUUGUUUGCAUAAAUUGAGCAGAUGUUAAAAGUUUGUCCCCCUUAAACUCAAGUAUUCUCUGUCCUCUGCUUCCUCUUGUUUUUCAGCCCUCCCCACAGCGUCGUCUCUCUUGACAUCAGCCCGCCAAGCCCCAUUCAGACCGGCCUCGCCUCGCCGCCGCAGGAGGAAACACCGCAAACGCAUCAGCAAAUCAGCCAUCAGAGCCAUGAUCAUGUAGAGCUGCAGGUGAGAGAACGAGCUCGAGCGAUAAAGGCGGGGUUAUGAUUUUGAUCCGAUAGCUUGUUGGUUAUUAGCUUGUUAGACAUUACAACAUUAGGACUGGACAGUAAAACAUUAGGAAUACAAAGAUUCUACUGUCAUUACAUAUUCAUAUCAUCGUUACUAUACCCCACCAUUUAUUUUUUUAUUUAAUAUAUAUAUAUAUUUACAAAUGUAUUUAUUAUUCUAUUAUUUAUCUAUUUAUUUUAUUUUUUAUUUUUUUAUACAUUUAUUAAUAAUUGAAUUUUUUUCUUUUCUUUUUUCUUUUUUAUAUAUUUAUUUAUUAUUCUAUUAUUUAUUUAUUAACCUAUUUUAUUUUUAUUUUUUAUUUUUUAGACAUUUAUUAAUUAUUCUUUUAUUUUUUUAUACAUUUAUUAAUAAUUGAAUUUUUUUCUUUUCUUUUUUCUUUUUUAUACAUUUAUUUAUUAUUGAAUUUUUUAUUUUUUAUUUUAUUUUUAUUUUUUUACACAUUUGUUAAUUGUUCUAUUAUUUAUUCAUUAAUAUUUCUUUGUUCUAUUUUUAUAAUAAUAAUUGUUAUUUUAUUUUUGUAAUGAUUAUUUUAUGGCAUACUUCUUUCAUUUUCUCUUCAACAAUUAUUACAAUUUAAAGGAGGGGUAAAAGAGGGACAAUCACACCCACAAACACACACACAUAAAAACAACCCCCCCCCCCCCCCACACACACUUAUUUAAACAGCCUUAAUCACCUCUAGACUUAAUCGUUAUAUGUCCCUACUUUACUUGUCACUUUAUUGUUUUGCCUCCAAUGUCUGUUUGAGUUGCGUUUCUGUUGUCAACCGCUUGUCAUGAUCUGUUUUGCAUCACUUAAUAAAAAAAUAAAAAGCCUGUUAGGUUAGCUGACGUUUAAAAAAAGGUCACGGUUAUCUCAUUGUGCUGUUUCUGUCUCUACUGCAGGGAUCGGUGAACGGCGAGACACUUUGCACCAAAGGAAUAUAGAGAAAGUGAAUGUGGGAAGACUGACAGCUGCUCUUUUCAGUGGAUAUCUUCAGAGGGAGUCACCUGUCCUGCUCCAGAGCUGCCGCAGUGCGUCCAGCUUCAUGGAUAAUAUAAAAGUGCAAUCUUCAAAACUCUUUGGGAAAGAGGAUAUUUAUCACACUAACACUGGAAGUUAUUUGUAUGAACCACAAAUCCAGUGAAUGUGUUUGGAUGGGAGCUCAUUAGACUCGUGGGGUUCGACUGGCGGUCACUCUGCAGCCAUUGACUGGCUGUUUUGGCACUUCUGGCUCGACGACUGAUUGGUCCUCGGAUAGAGGACAAUGACUCGGACUAUUAUCAGGAACUUAAUGUGGAGCACAAAGUAGGACUGGAGCGGUGGAGAACUGGAUUUCUACACUGGGACAAUAACUGGAAACUGGAGUGUGCAGCUCAGGCCUCAAUGCCAAACAUAACUGUUAACCUACCAUGUCUGAGUCUAACUGUAUCUAACACUGGAGUAGCCAUACACUGAUCAUACUACAUUGACUAGAGAAGUGCUCUACUGUGUACUGUAGCGUAACGUACUGAAAAAAAGAAAAAAUAUCCAUAACCUGCUCGUUUUGAACUACUGCCAGAUCCAAACGGAAUAACAACCAAAUGCCUGCCUAGAUAACAUGCUAUGAAUAUCCACGUUAAAGCAAGUCUUAAAGACCUGGCUUUUAGAGAGUGCUGUGAGCCAGUUAUAGCCAACACUGUAUGUACAAACGCUUCUAGAAGAUUAUUUCUGGGGAGGGGGGGAGAAGAAGAACUUUAUUUCCUAACUUAUUUAAAAAAGAGAAAAAAACAAGAGGAUAUCAAGUCAUCUAGUUCUCAAGUGUAAUUAUUGUUGCUGACAUGUCUCAGAUUAUAAUUAUUGGUUGUACAACUGUUACUAUUAUGAAUGUUAUUUUUAAUAAAAAAUAAAAAUAUUCAACAAACACACA